AUGUCGCUUCCAUCCUUCGUAGCGGCGAUUUCCUGCUCGCGGGUUUCGAGGCCUACCACUGGCGCCUCAUGGACUGCCGCCACGGCCUCCUGCUCCUCGCCAGCGACCGUUGCAUGGCCGUGCUCGACCCUGUCGCCAAAUCACAAUUGCACAUACCCCACUGCAGUAUGGCCGAGCAACCGCUGCGGCAAGUCGCCGUUCCAUUGCUUCCUCCUGGCCGGCGCUCAAGCCGAUGCGACGACCGCAUUCCGCGUGCUUUGCCUGGAGAUCACGGGCGGCGCCGGCAGGGUGCGCCCGCACGUGUACUGCUCGCGCACCGCCAAGUGGCACUCCCACUCGCUCGCUCCCAAAGGCAUCAAGCCGCCGCGGAGAGUCGAUCCACACUCGAACCACAACCUGCCCAUGCACGCAGGCGGCGGGCGCAUCUACUGGAGGACCCACGCGGCGGUGCUCACCUCGUUCAACGUCGCCUCCAUGGAGUUCUCCCACGUGCCCCUCCCCGACGACCUAAACCACCUGUCGUCCUACGCCCUAGGGGAUACGGAGGAUGGCACGACUUGCCUCGUAGCCGUCUCAGCCCAGCAUCACCAGAAGCUCGACAUGCGUGUUUGGUUGCUCAAGGAGGACGCGUCGUCGCCGCCAUGGGAGCGGCAGUGGAGGGUGGACGCUUCGGAUGAGGUGGAUCUGCUGCCCGUCCCGGCGACUCGCAGCCAUGUGCGCAAGAUCUACGAUGUCACCGCCGGUGUCGUGCUGCUCUCCGUGGGCUACAAGCACAACGGCAUCCGCUACCUUGCCGUUCGCAUCAAGGACACGCUCCGGGAAGGCAACAACACCAAGCGCCACUCACUAAUCUUGGCAGACUUCUGCAGCUCCAGUGGAUGGCUGCACCCCUACUUCAUGGCAUGGCCACGCCCUACCCUAAAGGCUGCAGGUAGCGCUGAGAAUGCCUCCAAAAAUGAAAGUGAGCAACAAGCUGAUGCUGGUUCUAACAAGAAGAAACAAGUCUGAUGGAUCAAGAAGCUUAUGUGUUUAAAUCAUGUUUGCCUUCUUUAAAGUGGAAUUCUAGACAACCUUACAGUAACGACAUAUUUGCAAGGAUCCUUAUCCUGUAGAACAAACAGUAUUUUUCCUGAGAAAAAUUGGAUCUACCUGAGAGCUUGCAUGAAGAAAUUGUUUAAUUAGAA